AUGUAAACAUUAAAAGAAUAUAUUCCAAUCGUAUUGUCCAAAGAUCACUUAAGCAAAAGAGAAGCAAAUUUGGAAGCAGUCGAAGAAAAGUAUAUGGUAAGGAGUAUUUAUAUUCUCCAGGUGAAAGAAUAAGAAACUAAAUCUCCUAAGAUCAGCUUUCAUAUAAAUAGUUCCAGAUCUACAUCUAUUUAGAAUACAAUCCCUUAUUGUGUUAAGGCAACCGUGUUUCCAAAUAUCCUCUCUAGAACAAAGUUAGAUAUAAUCAGAUAUAGACAUUCUGAACAGUUAUAGUUGGAUCCUGAUAAAAUAACAACUUAAAGGGAUCGUAAAAAGUUAGCAGAAUUAAAAAUCAGAUCCAAAGAAAAGGAUAAAUCGAAUUCUAAAAUGCAUACCUAAUUUACAAAGAGUCCUACCCAAAAACCAAUUAUAACAUAGCUUACUACUUUAAUUAAAGAUAAUUUCAGUGUUUCUGAAAGAACGAGUUCAUUCAAAUUUCGAAGUUUAAGUCCUGAAAUCGAAGGGUAACUUUGGUAGAAGAAUAACAAGGUGAAUAGAAUUAAUAAGGCAUAUGAAAUUCAAAAGGAAAUUCAUCACUUAGAAAGGUUCAAAACUUGCUGGAAAACUGAUGAAAUUCAGCAAAUUUUACAGUAGAAGAUAGUUCAAAUUGGUUUGAAUACAAAGAAAGGUUUGAAAUAGAUUUUUAUUCUGAUUUUUCUACCACAUUAAAGUCUUCAUCUGAAAAGUUCUUAAACUGAAGUUAAAUAAAUGUAACUUAAUUUUAAUUUAUAGAACUAAUAACUUAGAAUUAAGCAUUUUCCCUUUUUUUAUUCCUAUUUAUGAGAAAAUAAUAAAUGAGAAAGAAUUGACGGAUAAUUUUAGAUAAUGGAUUUCCUAUUUUUUAGACAUUCUACACUUUAGAAAUCACUUGAGUUAGACAAAAGUAUUCUCUUUAGAUAGUGUUGAAAUAACUCAAUUAAAUUAAUUGCCUUAAUAUGAUAAAUUUUUGUAUAUUCAACUAUAAGUAAAGAAAUACUUAAUACUAGGGAUAAUUUGAUUUAUGGAUUCAAUUGAAGUAACAACUGAAUCUUUCAGGUGAAUUUUAAUUAGACAAAUACCCAAAAUUAGCCAUAAAAUUAUUUGAUUUAAAAUCCAAAGAAGAAGUUUCAAGAUUCUUCAAAAAGAGAGAAAAUUUACUACCCUUUUAUUUUCGUCAUUAACAGCAAGAGAGUUAGACUUCAAUUCCAUCAUAAUAUUUAAUAGAAAUUGAAAACGACCUCAGAGAACCAGAUGAGUAGAUGUUUGAAUAAUCAAUAAUUUAAAUGAGUGAACAAGAAUAGGAUACAUACUUAAAAUUGCUGUAGUAAUACAUCCAAUCAAAUAAAUCAAAAUAUUCCAGUAAAUUAAGGAAUUUAGAAGAAAUGAUGAGAUAGAGAUUGGAGAAGAUAAAAGCAAGGAAAAGAUAUUCAAUUCAAGUUAAACUUCAAGCAGUAAACAUAAUCAUUAAGUUUAGAAAAAAUAUUUAGGUUAUAAAGAGGAAGAACUAAUUUAGCAGAGAUUAAUGUUAGAAGAUGAAAAGUCUAUUUAAGAAAUACAAGAAGAAGCCUUUGAUCAGAUUAUGCCAUAGACUACACAUAUUUUCAAAAAAAAAUAGAAAUAGAAUAUUCCUAUAGAAGACCCUUUUUAAUCCUUCCAAACCAAGGAUAAUGAAAAAUUUAAAGAGAUUACACAGUUAAUUAAUAUUGAAAAGAUUAUAUUAGAGAAGAACUUAUCGAGAUAAGACAUCUACUAUUAUUUAUCUCUUUUUAAGGCAUUAAUGGAUUCUGAUACAACAACUAGAAUAAAAGAUGUCAAAUACCCUACAUUAUUUAUAAGUGUCGAUCAAUUAAAAAGAGGAAUUGCUUUUAUAGCCUUAUAUAAGAAUACUGUCAAUACAAAAAAGUUAGCUGAAGUCUACAAUCGAAAAUACCAAUAUUGUGAGUUUUUGGAAUUUUUAGACAUUUUCACUACUCAAUAUAGAGUUUCAGAGGAAGAGUUGAAGGAUAUAGAAGAUGAGGAUUCAUUAAAGAUUUAAAGAAGACAAUCAGUUUUUGGAAGAUAGGAAUCUUUAAAAUACUUAAUUGAUUAAAAUUGA